AUGUCUUUCCCUCAACUGGGAUACCCCCAGUUCCUCGGUGCCUCCUCUCACGAGAUGUACGCGGGCGAGCGCCCAGGCUCUGCCCGGGACGGUGGCGCAGACAGCGGGGUGAGCUCGCCCACCAGCACGGUGGCUGCAGCUGCCGCGGUGGGCUCUAUGCUGGGGAUGUACGCCAGUCCUUGGGCGACUCAUAAUUACAGUGCCUUUCUUCCGUACAGCGGCAGCGCGGACCUCGCUCUGCUCUCACAGAUGGGUUCUCAGUAUGACCUCAAGGACAGCCCAGGCGCGCACCCCGCCUCGCUCCCAGUGCACGCGGCUCAGGGCUUCUAUCCCUACGGCCAGUACCCGUACGCAGACCCAAACAGAAACAAGACUGCAACAAGAGAGACCACCAGCACUCUGAAGGCCUGGCUCCAGGAGCACCAGAAGAACCCCUACCCCACUAAAGGAGAGAAGAUCAUGUUAGCCAUCAUCACCAGGAUGACGCUCACGCAGGUGUCCACAUGGUUUGCAAAUGCGCGGCGACGUCUGAAGAAGGAGAACAAGGUGACGUGGGGGCGCAGUGCCGAGGACCGUGACGGACGCAUCUUCAGCAGCGACAAUGAGGACGAGCCUGGGAAAACAGGCAGUGAUGAAGAGGAGGAGAUUGACCUGGAGACAGUGGACCUGGAACGACCAGAGGAGCAACCACAGAGGGCAGUGGAGGAGGCGCAGGCGGGAGGCCUGAGCACAGAGGCCUCGGAGAGCAUCAGGACUCAGUCUGCCGGGGAAGGCCUCAGGCCCGACAGUCAGGCCGCUCUUUCACACAAUAAAGCCGCUGCAGAGCGAUCUCCAGGCUCCAACGAGUGCCACAGAGCGCCACAGAACAAACCCAAAAUCUGGUCUUUAGCUGAAACAGCCACCACCCCGGACAGCACGCCCAAAGCUCCAGUGCACGCGGCACUUGGCUCCGCGGGACACCCGGCCUUAUUGCCUGGACACGGGAUUUACACGUGUCAAAUUGGAAAGCUGCACAGCUGGGCAAACUCCGCGUUUCUUAACGCCAACUCACUAUUGAACAUGAGGUCUCUUUUGACCAGCACGUCCGCAGCACACGCGCACCUGCCGCUGCAUAGUGCGGUAACGAGUGCGCGCCAUGACGCACGGGUGACAGCGCGGGGGCCUGGCACAUCUGGCACAGAUCUGGAUGACAGUGAUGUCGAGUCGUCAGGAAGCUUCAGUCCAAAAAGAGAUGAUGAAGAGAGCGACCACAGGCCCGACUCUGUCAAACCCUCGUUUCUGAUCACUGACAGACCUCACCAUGGAGCACAGAGAGCCCUGACAACGACACUAUGA